UUACUCUUUAAAACCUCUGCAGCCUUUUUAUACACGGAGGCGGAAAGAGAGCGACGACGUCAGGAGGAGGAGGAUUAAAAAAAAAAAAAGAACGAAGUUUUCGUGUUAGUUUAAUCUAGGGUUUUGAGUUCCUCGAUGGUGAGAUUUGAUGAGUUUUGGACGAAGAAGGCUCUGAUUGGGCUCGGAAUAGGGCAGUUCGUCUCGCUCCUGAUCACGUCGACUGGAUUCACUUCGUCAGAGCUCGCCAGAAAAGGGAUUAAUGCUCCGACGUCGCAGUCGUUCUUGAAUUAUGUGCUGCUGGCGAUUGUUUACGGGUCUAUUGUGAUUUACCGUAGGAAACCGCUUCAGAUGAAAUGGUAUUACUAUCUGAUUCUUGCCUUUGUCGAUGUGGAGGGCAAUUUUCUUGUGGUGAAGGCUUAUCAAUACACAUCUCUGACAAGUGUCAUGCUUUUGGAUUGUUGGACAAUUCCAUCUGUCAUAUUACUUACUUGGAUCUUUCUGAAGACAAAAUACAGAAUGAAGAAGUUUGCUGGUGCAGCUAUCUGUGUUGCUGGACUAGUUUUAGUUGUGUUCUCUGAUGUUCAUGCAAGUGAUAGAGCAGGAGGAAGCAGCCCAAUUAAGGGAGACACACUCGUCAUAUUUGGGGCCAUGCUUUAUGCGGUCGCUAAUGUUAGUGAGGCCGUCAUGUCUCGCGCCUCGAGAGGUCUUGAAAUAUAUCAAGAACUCUUCCACAAGCUCCAAGCCAAGCUAGAGGUGCACAUGGAUGCUCGAGAGGUGGUCCAACUAUUGACUGAUUUGAAGGGGGGUGAGCUUAACGAACUCAAGAGAAGUCAGGCCAUGAUUGAGUGUCUUGCCAAGGAGAAGAUUGUGUAUCUUCAAUUAGAAGUUCUUGCCGAUAGGAGGGAGAGCAUUGAUGCUUUUGAGAGGGCCCGUGUGGCUUGUCUUGACAAGAAAGAGCUAAAGGCUAGGUUGAAGGAGAAUGCGGCUCUCUAG